GAUUUUUCUCGAGCAGGAAAUGUUUUGAUCAGCGCUGAGAUGUGGUAGAUGUUCAGCGGGUUAAACCGCGUCUCGUUCUCAUUCUCUCACUAAUGUCUUCACGAAAGUAUGUCGAAAGAGUUGUUGUUGAACGUCGAGGAGCCAGACACUCCUACAGCUAUGAUUAUCGACACGGCGAACAUGUGCAUCGAUCAGGACGGAGAGUGGGAUAUCAGUUUGUUUGAUGAGUUAGACGGCCUGGGAGAUGCUGAGGAGUUGCUGCAGGCUCUAGAGAAUGCUGGCUAUACGGGGAGUGCUGCUGAUCUGAACCUGGACGUGGAUCUCCCUGCCUGGAGCGCCGAGGUGUGGGGAGACUCCAGCAGUGUGUGUACAGAUGGAGACAUUUCAGUAGAUUCGCUCUCUCCGACCCACACGUUCAGUUCAGUCUCUUCACCCUCAUCAACCGAGGCCCAUUCGCCCUACUCUCUACUUGACGAAGCGCUGUCUCCGCUCUCCACCCAGUCUCAGCCCUCUCCGCUGUCGGUCUGCUCAGACUCCAGCAGCUCUGUUCAACCGCCUCCUGAGAAGCAGCCGGUCAAGAAGACAAAUCAGACGAAAGUUAAACCUGUCCUGAGGCCUAUUCAUCUGAGCCCUAAAGUCUCCAUUCAGCCUAAACCGCUCAUCACCGCACUGCAGACCAAAACCAUCAUCAUCCAGCCGGUGCAGGCGACCAUCGUUCCCGUGGUCAAACCUGCGCCCAUCACCAUCCAGCCGGCUCCCCCUGCAGGUCAUCCCACCUUGCUCUCUCAGCCCACCCAGGUUCUGCAGCUGCAGCCUCCACAGGUUGUUCCCGCAGGUACCCGGGUGCUAACCGUGCCCACAAAGCCCGCCACCCCUGCUGCCCCUCCUCCUGUUGUAGGCAUCUCGCUCCGGAACCCUCCGUCAGACGAGGAUUCGAGCGUGUCACGACGGCAGCAGCGGAUGAUCAAGAACAGAGAGUCUGCAUCUCUAUCACGAAAGAAGAAGAAAGAGUACUUGCUGACGUUGGAGGCCCGUCUGAAUGUUGCGCUAUCUGAGAACGAGAAGCUGAAAAAUGAAAAUGGGACACUGAAAAGGCAACUGGAGGGUCUGAUGAAUGAAAACACCAUUCUGAAGGCAACUUCUCCAAAGAGACGGGCUGUGUGUCUCAUGGUGGUCCUAGUUUUCUUGGCCAUCAGCGUUGCACCAUUAAGUCUUUUUGAGAGAGCUGCAGACUCCAGGUUUGCAGCAGCCCCUAGUUCCAGUAGCAGACAUCUGUUGGGCUUCUCGUCAAAGGUCGACAGCGACAUGGGGGCCAGCUUGCAUGAUUCUCCAUCUUCUCAUACUGGAAACAAGUUGGAGGAUUUGGAAUCAAUGCCCGAGGAGAAGGCUCUCAUGGUGGUUAAAAGGGAUCCUCUCUUCCUCAGAACUCCUCCUCCUCCUCCCUGCCAGCCUCCUGUAAACAGGACCAAGUGCAUAAAGAUGGCCAGUGAGCUGAGGGGAUGGGUCCACCGCCAUGAGGCAAAGCGCACUAAGAGCCAGCACACCAGCAGCACCCACUCCAGGGCCAGAACCAUCACGAGAACGGCCAGUAAGAAGGCAGAAGUGGCGCAGAUCGUGACUGUGCAGUACGCCGACUCUUCUGACAAGCAUUCAAGCAACGAGCUGCAGGUCUACUACGCCCCUCACCACACGUACAGCGAUUUCUUUGAUGAGAUCAACCGAAGAGGAGACACCUUCUAUGUGAUCUCUUUCCGCAGAGAUCACCUUCUUCUUCCUGCCACCAACCACAACAGAGGAAGCAGACCAAAGAUGUCAGUUGUGCUCCCAGCAAUGAAUAUCAAUGAAAGUGUGAUAAAGGACAAGGAGUUUGAGGUGAUGAUGCAGAUCGACUGUGAGGUAAUGGACACCAGGAUCCUUCACAUCAAGUCCUCCAGUAUUCCACCAAUCCUGCGCGUGAAUGAAACUGACGCUGAAUCGUUCUACCACUCUGCCCCGACCAACAGUCACACUUCACCCUCUGUUGGAGUCCUCAUGGGCUCUGCUUGACUCUAGAAGCCAACAGAUAUCAGAAGAGCUUUUGUCAUGUUUUUUUCUAUUGUUAAUCCUUUAUAUCUUUGCUCCGUGUCAGAAAUUGGAGUAGAAUUGUAUGAAGUCUGGGGUAGAAUUUGAGAAAGCCACUUUGAUCAGCGUGGGCCAAAUACUGAACCUUGAGGAACACCACUGCAUAUUUCACUUGCACCAUAAAAUCCUUAUGCUGUAAAUUGUUCAAGCUCUCAGGAAACAAUAUCUAGUUUGUGCCCAAUCUACUCUGAUUUGAAUUCUUAUACGUUUUGUAUUGAUCUCUGUGUUUGGCUUAUACUGAUUUUCAUUUUAGCUUUUGUUUGCCCUUUGCAUUGUGAAUAUUUAUAGGAGUGUUCUAAUGAAGUUUUAUUUUACUAAGCUUCCAGUUUUGGUUCAUAUACAAGGCGCAUCUUCAUUUUAUUUUCUUUAAUUUUAUGAUUAAAAGAAAAUAAUAUUAAUAAAUGGCGUAAUUGUCACAAAUGGAAAUGAUGCUAAUUUUACUUCCCAUUGUCGUUACAAAGCAGGAAAGGGUUUCAAUUGGAAGAUAGUAAACUAUUUAAGUAAAAUUGCUUAUUCGCUGCCUGACUUUUUAAAAGUGAUCAAUUGCAAUCUUUUUUGUUUUUAAAUGUCACGAUGAAGCAACGCGUAAAAACAUAAAUAAACACUGGACUCUG